AAAAAAGUUACUCAUUUAUCAUGAAGCCUUUUUGAACCCUUUGAAACAUUGCGCCCUUCCUCUUUUUUCUUUUUGACCCCUUCUCUUAGCUAACCCGAUCCGUUAUCAUCUAUAUACAUAGGGCUUUCCCUCCAAAUAAGUGGAUCCUCCUUCACAUCUUCUCAAUUUCCUUCUGAUAUUUCUCUCAAAAUGGGUUGGUUCUGGGCUGAGUCCCCGUCAAAGCCGACAACGUCCGUGUCUCUGAACCCAUCGGCACCCUCAGACGCCACUCCUCCUCCCGGAUGUCCAAUGAAUACAAGCAAUUCCUCUCUCUUGUCGCCAUCGUCCGCUCCUGAGCCUCCUAGCGCCUGUCCAGUCCGGUCUAAAGACUCCCCUUUCUAUGUACCGCCGAAGUCGAAGACUCCAAACACCGCAUUGCCGGCUCGACAUGAAAACAAGUCAACAUUCUCUGUACUGAAUCCUCUCAACUAUAUGUUCUCCUCCAUCUCUCAGGAACGAGCACCAGACCAAACCAUCGAUCUAUCGGUAGAGCGUGAAGCCUCCUCCAUACCCCGAGGAGAUACACAGAGCAACUGGGAAUAUCCCUCUCCCCAGCAAAUGUAUAAUGCCAUGUUGCGUAAAGGUCACACGGAUACCCCACAGGAUGCAGUCGAGGCUAUGGUCGCAGUGCACAACUUUCUAAAUGAAGGUGCUUGGCAGGAAAUUGUUGGAUGGGAGCGCUUAUUUUCAGAAGGUCUAAAGGCAGGCUGGGAAAAAUGCCGACGUGGUGAGGAAAAUAUCGCCUUAGAUGCAGUCAGAGAAGAGAUGAUGGGCGCCAGUGGACAUGAGAACCAACCACGCCUGCUCAGGUUCCAGGGUCGGCCGCAGGAGCCUACACCGAAGGCGCAAAUACUACAAACUUUGGGUUGGCUAUACCCAGCAAAGUUCGGUACAGCUCCACCAUUCGACCGACAUGACUGGUUUGUGUUGCGACAAACGCCGUCUGGCCCGAAAGAAGUUCGUUAUGUAAUCGAUUAUUAUUCAGGGCCUCCAGAGCCUACAGGAGAGCCGGUCUUCUAUUUGGAUAUUAGACCUGCUCUAGACACACCUACUGCUGCUAUCGAACGAUUGAUGAGAUGGGGGGGCGACGUUUGGUGGCGAGCUACUGGUGCUGCAAUUCGAGAGAACGGCGGAAACUAACAGCACAACUCGUCAUAUUAUUCUUCAACGACACAAAUUCUCCACUCACAUGUAUGUUUGAAAAAGGCGCGGGCGUCUACUAGUUCCACAUAGUCUUACGCGGUCUAACGGGUAGGUGUUGAUCGCGACGAACUAAAUGACGCCUACAAUUGUUUAUUAUUGGGGAAAAUUUGUGCCGUCUUUUUUUUUUU